AUGGUUUUGGCGCGUGACCAGCGUUUUCUGCUGCUGCGCGUCCCGGGGCUCGACGACAAGUCCGUGCUCGGUGCGGUCGCGGCCUACAAGAAGAAGCCGAGCGGGGACCCCUGGGUCAAGGGCAUCGACUACACGGAGUACUCGACGGCGACGGACCUGGGGCACCUCAAGAGCGGGAGGGGCAAGAAGCACUUCUGGGUCUCCGCGGCGAUGCUCUCCUACUUGAUGAUGGAGCUCCUCAAGAAGUACGCGCGCAGCAAGCCCGACAUCUUCGAGGAGCAGCCGGCCGUCGAUGUGCCCGGGCUCCGGCUCUUCUUCGAGCCCAACUUCCACGGCCCCGCCGAGUUCGUUAGCGCGGCGGCGACCGUGUCGGUCGUGCGCCCUCAAGACGCCGCGACGUCCUUGGCGGCGGCGUCGAAGACCCCGGCAUUCCGCACGCAGCCCAAGCCCGUCGUGCAGGACACCUCCACGGAAAUCGACGGCGCCAUGCCCCGCGAACUUCGGCGCGGCGACGCCCUGGAGAAGGGACUCGAAGACGUGGACUGCGUCGUCCGCCUGGACCUGCUCCCGCGGGCCAAGGAGGAGUGGGUCGUCCUGAAGCUCGACGAGCUCCGCGGCAACGGCACAUCGGCGAUCGACUGGGGCCUCGUGAGGUUCAGCGGCCUCAAGAGGGCCCUCGGCGACGCGUUCGGCAACAUCCCGUCCGUCGUCGUCGGCGACGGAUCCCAGAUCCAUGCGCGCCUUGUGGAGCUCGACCGUGACGCCGACGCCCUCGCGAAGGCGCGCCAGACCAUCGCCGAGACCCGGGCCCGGCUCGCGGAGAUGCCCGCGCUCGGCGGGCUCGACGACGGGACGACGCUCGUCGAGUACGUGCGACGCCUUGCGAACCUACCGGAGCUGGACCCCGCGGCCCUCCCCGACAAUGCGCGCCCUUUGAAAGCUGUGCUCGCCACGGUCGACAUGUCGCGCGAGGACGCGCCGUGCGCUGACGCCGCGCCCGCGCGGCCGAUGCCCGAGCAGCCGCCCGACGGCGACGCGCCCUCGCCCAGCGCCGGCGCACCGCUCGAGCCCACGGCGGAGGCGCCGCCGCCGAAGAGGCGGCGGGUGGCGCCGGCGGCGAAGAAGACGCCCGCGCCGCCGAGGAAGACGGCCGCGCCGAGGAAGAGGCUCGUCGAGAAGAAGAAGGCCGCGCCGCCGAAGAAGACGAAGGCCGCGGCGCCGAAGCAGAAGGCCGUGCCGCCGAAGAAGAAGAAGGCCGCGACGCCGAAGGCCGCGCCGCCGAAGAAGAAGAAGGCCGCGUCGCCGAGGAAGGACGCGCCGCCGCCGAAGAAGAAGAAGGCCGCGGCGCCGAAGCAGAAGGCCGCGCCGCCGAAGAACAAGGCCGCGCCGCCGAAGGCCGCGCCGCCGAAGAAGAAGAAGCCGCCGCCGUCGGAGGAGACGGAAAGGCAACGAGCAGCGAUGGCGAUCGUCCAGGCCGCCCGCCGAUGGCCCGACGGAACGCCGCUCGGCAAAGGCCACACCUCCCCGUACAUCCAGCCGAAGUACGCUGACGACAUCAUGAGCGGCGCCAAGACCUGGGAGGGCCGCGCCUGCACGAAAUGGCUCGAGAAGUUGUCCGUCGACGACUGGAUCAUGUUCAAAAUCUCGGGCAGCUCGGACCUCAUCUACGCGCGGGCUAGAGAGGUCGUGAAAUUCGACACCUUCGAGGAGAUGCUCGACUACUGCGGCCUCGACGCGUGCCUGCCGGGCUGCCCGUCCGUCGCCGACGGCGUGAAGAUCUACCGCUCCUUCGGCUGCUUCGACGGCCGCACCUACGCGGACGUCGAGGCGGAGAGCGGCGUCGUGGCAAUUAGGCUCGAGAUGGGCGCCGGCGCAUCCUCCAGCGCCGACAGCGGGUUCUCCGACCCGCGCCGCACGCCCCCGCGCGAGACGCGGCGCGUCAGCUUCUCCGACGAGGAGCCCAAGGCGCCGGCCCGCUCUGCUGCCCCCGGCAGGCCCAAGCCCGUGGGCACGGCGAGCCGCGGCAAGUACGCCGACGCCGAGCUCUACACCGUGAAGCAGCGGCCCGGGUCGUCGCAGUCGCGGGCGUCGCGGCGGCGGCCCGACGACGGGCCCGCGCGGAGCGACGGCCCCCCGGCCGCCGGCCCGUCGGCCGAGCUCCUCGCCGAGGCGUCGCGCGCGUGCGACCUCGCGACCAUGUCCUUCCUCCUGCGCACCCCCCAGCCGCGGGCCGCCGUCGCCGCGGGCCUGCGCGCCGCCGCGGAGGAGGGCGAGUGCGAGGCCGUCGAGCUCCUGUUGGGCCACGACGCCAGGGCCGCGCGCGUCGCCGACAACGCCGGCCGGACGCCGCUCCACUUCGCUGCUUUAUCCAAGAAGCCCCGCGCGCGCGACGUCGCGACGCUGCUGGUCCUGGCCGACCCGCGCGGCGGGCGCGAGGACCGAAAGGGCGACACGCCCGCGCACGCGAGCCGCGCGGGCGCGGCCGGCGCGCUCGAGGCGCUCGUCGCCGGCGGCGUCGACGUCGACGCGAAGAACCGGCGGGGCGAGACGCCCGUCAUGGUCGCGGCGAAGCACGGCCAGGGCGCCAUCGUCGCCUACCUGCGGCAGGUCGUGACGACGCGGCGCGCGGAGACGGCGCGCGUCGUCGCCGUCUGGGAGUGCUUCUUCGAGAACGCGGCGCGGCGCGCCGUCUUCGGCGACGCGCCGACGAAGCCGACGAGGUCCGCCGCGUCCUUCGGCGACGCGCCGACGAAGCCGAAGAGGUCCGCCGCGUCGACCCGGGCCGUCGCGCAGGCCCGGGCCGCGCCCCGGGCGGCGACGCGCGCGUGGACCGAGGCCUGGGACCCGACGCACGAGCGGCUCUACUACGUCGACGACGCCUCGGGCGAAUCCGUCUGGGAGCGGCCCGCGGGCGGCCGCGUCGCCGGCGACGGCUGCGGCGGCUGGCGGCGGUGCUGGGACGACGGACGCCGCGCGUACUACUACGCGGACGGCAACGAGACGCGGUGGCUGCCGCCGGCGGCGCUCGAGGCCGCGCUGGCCCAGGCGGAUGCCACGGAGUGCUACGACGUCGCCUCGGGCCGCACCUACCGCCUCUCCGCGUCCACGGGCGUCGCCGAGUGGGACGACGACGACGACGACGACGACUGGGUCCGGGCCGUCGACGCGGCCACGGGCGUCGCCUACUACAAGCGCGGCGUCGCCGGCGAGGCGGCCUGGGAGGCGCCGCCGGCGAGCGGCGCGCAGGGCGCCGAGUGGGUCCUCGUCGACGCGGAGCAGCCCUACUGGCUCCACGAGGCGAGCGGCGCGUCCCGCUGGGAGCGGCCGCACAUGCGGUGCGCGGCCGACGACGGCGGCCGCUACUUCCUCGACCUCGCGUCGGGCGCCGCGUCCUGGGACCCGCCGGCCGAGGCGCUCCUCGCGCCGGACUGGACGUUGUGCUACGGCGACGGCGACGCGCGGCCCUUCUUCUACCACGACGCGAGCCGCCGGUCCUCCUGGGCCGCGCCCUGGACGUCCGAGAGAUGA